AUGACACACAAUAACAACGAAAAAACUAAUAAGAACAUUAUUAUUACAAAGAAUAAUAACAAGCUAACUGAUAAUUCUCAAAUUUUAAAUGAUAUAUCUGUCAACACUCCAAAAAACAAAAAAACUUCAGGACAUUCCCCUGGUAAAUAUGUUGUGAAAAAAAGGGAUGAUAAGCAAAAAGAAGCUGUUUCCAAAAAGAAUUUAAAUUCAGGCUCAACUAAUGCAAAUGAAGAAGAGCAAAAGGACAAGAGAAAUAAUUCUCUAAAUGAUAAAAAUAGUUUUGCAUUAUUUAUUGGUGGCUUAAACCAGCGUGUUACAAAAGAAAUGUUGAAAGAAGAAUUUAAAGAUUUCCCAUCUUUCAUUUCUGCCAAAGUGUGUGUUGAUAUGAAAACCAAGAAAUCUUUGGGAUAUGGUUAUUUGAAUUUUUCUAACCAAAAUGAUAUUCUCAGAUUAGUUGAAAAGUAUAAUUAUCGAAGUUUGUUUGGAUGUCCUGAGAUUAAAAUCAUGCCUUCCUUAAGAAAUACAUUUUAUAGAAAAAAUAUUGGUACUAAUGUGUUUUUUUCAAAUCUUCCUCUCCAUAACCCACAAUUAACUACUAGGUACUUUUAUGAUACUUUCAAAGUUUAUGGUAGGAUUUUAUCUUGCAAAUUAGAUUACAGAAAAAAUAUUGGUUUUGUAUAUUUUGAUAAUAAUGAAUCUGCCAAAAAAGUAAUUUAUGAAUAUAAUGAAAAGAAUUUUUUGGGUAAUAAGAUUUUAUGUGGUAUCCAUUUUGAUAAAGAAGUAAGAGAACUUCCAGAUUUCAGUCAAAGAAAGCAAAAACUGGAUUCAAAAAUUAUAAUUAAAGAAGAACUUAACUGUGCAGGUAAAGAUAUUGAAAUUCAACAACAAUAUGAGAAACAGCAGAAUGAGAAGCUUCAACUCCAAAUUCAAAAAUACCCAAAUCAAAGAAUUCAAGAUGAAACAUUUGGAGUAAAAUUACCUCAUCCGAAUUCUGUUUUUGUUAAAAAUCUUCCUCUCUACUCUGAAGAAGAAGAACUUCUUGAUUAUUUUUCUAGUAUUGGCCCAAUUAAAUCAAUAUUUUCUUCCAAAGUUUACAGAUAUAAAUCAUUAUGGUCGAUUAUUACAUAUAAAAAUAAUGAAGACGCUAAUUUUGCUUUAGAGAAGUUUAAUGAAACAAAUUAUAAGGAUAAAAUUAUUUAUGUAACUAAGGCACAAACUAAACCAAAGGUCAUUGAGGAAAAAAAAUGCGAUACAUUUAUUAAAUUGAGUAAUUUAAGUAUAUUAUGCAGUCCACCAUACUUGUUCCAUCUAUUUAAACAAAGUUUUAUUAAUAUAGAGAGUUUACAAUUAGUACCAAGUUUAGGAGCACCAAAUACUUAUGAAGCCUUUAUUCGCUGCCCAACAAAGAAAGAUGCCAUUAUCAUUUUCCAAUUAUUAAAUAGGAAAUUGAUUGGAACAGAUCGUAUUUCAGUUGGAUGGUCAAGUGUCGAAGAAUAUUAUGAACCAAGAGAAAAGAAGGUUGAAUUCAAACCAGAAGCUAAUGGUGUUAAACUUGACAAGAAUAAGAAGACCAAUAUUUAUAAUUCUUUAUGGAAUUUCUCCAAUCCAAACACUACCAAUAUGAACAUGAAUUUCAAUUUAAUUAAACAGCUUAAUAUUCCAGAUGAAAUUAUGAAUGAGCUUAAAGGAUUAAAUAUAUAUGAGCCUAAUGCAAUUUCAAAUUUAAAUUUAAUUAAACAAGAUAUUGAACUUCGUGAAAAGAAUAUUUUAAACAUGUUGAACAGCCAAGCAAAGAGAAUUAUUAAUAUCAUUGAGUUACCAGGUCUCAUUAAAAUGGAAGAUAUCCAAUGCAUAACUGACUAUAUUUUUGAUGUUUUUUGGAGUAAAAAUGUGGAGGAGCUCUCGAGAUUCAUUUUGAAUAUUAAUGAAAAUACAAAAAACCAAAGUAUUUUACAUAACCAAGUAAAAGAGGCUACCAAAUAUCUUGGUUAUUGGUGA